AUGAUUGAUAUUAUUUCAGAAUUGAUAAACACUCUUCAAGAAUUAGCGCCCCGUUACGAUUUUGACGUGAGUACUCCUGGUAAUGGAUUUAGGUCUUUAAUUUGCAUCGUUGAUAUCGUUAUUUUCCAUCUGAUAUCGCUUUUGCGCUCGUGCAGUGAAAAGCGGUAUAUGCUUAUGUUUCGGUCUUCCUAUUAUUGCAAGGAAAUAGAAGCGUAUGCUGCUGUACUCAGAUUUUUCGUUCUUUCAUUGCAGCAGGUUGUGUCGACAACUAACGAGUUAGCGGAAAAUUCGCUUUUUCCACCUCUUAAUGAUGAUUAUUCUAAGCACAAAAAACUUUUAAAAGGAAUAGAAGCCCUUGACGCCUCUUGUUUUUAUGGUCGGGCACUGGGCUUCCAAGUGACGCAGGAAGCUGACAUUGACUUCUGUAAAGGCUUCUGGAACCUCUCGGAAUUUGGAAAUCAUGUGCCUCGCUUCUUUUGUCCAAAUAUGGCUGUGAACGACGAAAGUGUAAUACCUAUUGAUGAGUUAGUAACGUUAGAGUCAGUCUCAGGAGAAAGAUUGGUGAUUUCCCCUCCUAAUGCUCAUACGGGUGCGCGUCCUGUACGGGUCCGAAUAAUGUCGUAUUCACACCGACGGGAUUUGAAAGCCUCAAGCGGAGCAUCUGAUCGACAGCCGGCUUCUCCGUAUUUACUUCUGCACUGUCAUGGUGGAGGUUUUGUAGCAACGUCCUCAAAGUCUCACGAGACUUACUUGCGUUCAUGGGCAAAAUCUUUGGAUUGCACAAUUGUUUCUGUUGAUUAUUCAUUGGCCCCAGAAGAUCCUUUUCCGCGGCCGACAGAAGAAGUGCUAUAUGCAUAUGCUUAUAUAAUCAACAACCCAAAUAAAUUUGGGUGGACUGGAGGAAAAAUAUGCUUGGUUGGUGAUUCAGCUGGGGGCAAUUUGGUCACUUCUGUUAGUAUACGCCUUAUACAGCUUGGAGUGAAAAGAAGGCCUGAUGGGCUUAUGUUGAUUUACACGCCAUUCCUUUUCCAGUUUCUUCCUUCUCCUUCGCGCCUUCUUAGCUUCUUUGACCCGCUCUUGCACAUGGGUGUUGUUUUACGUUGCACAGCAGCCUAUACAAGGGGAUAUGCUUCGGAAGUAGCUCCCACAGAGCUUCCAAACCGGGAAAAUGUAAGGCAUAAAAGUCUUCAAGAAUACGUAGACGAAGUGCAGAAAGUACAGAGCAACAGGAUUUUUAAUCUUGAAGAUUCGUCAAUCUUAUCGCUUGUCAAUCUUUCACAAAACGGGUGUAAUGAAGCAAGGCACUCAAAAAGUGGUUUUUCAAAGGCAAAAGAUGACAAAUUAUCGGAGCGCGAGCAACAAGAAAGCUCUGGUGAAGAGGAAGAAGAUGUUGUAGAACAUGAGGCUUCUAUUUCGGGAAUUGAGGUAAUGUCGGAUACACACCGUAUUAUGCUUCAUUUGCCUUCGAGUAUUUGUGAUCGUCGUUUGUUAGAUUAUCUGAAAGAUCAUCCUAUAACGAAGGAUUCGCUCAUUCCAAUCGAUGAACUUGAGAAUGAUCUUCCUAAGGAUCCUAAGGUCCCUCCAAAUAGUAACAAAGACUCAAAUCCGACUCUUUCGACCAAAUCUUCUAGCUCUGCCGAAUUAAAUUCGCCAGCGACAGCCGUUGAGUCAAAAGAAAUGCGGCCCACAGCAGCGACCUCUACGGUUGUUCCUUGUCGCACGCUUGUUGCAUCUAUCAGUAGCCAAAGCUUAGCCGCGGCUUCAAGGCAAAUGAUGAACGUACGGACCUUAAGCCACAGUUUGGCAGACACGGCUGUCACAGCGGCUGGACAUGCAAUGGACAACUUGUCCGGGUGGCUUGAUACAAGCGCACCAGCGGGGAAGGCAGAUAAAGCGAAACUAAGCCGAGUAGCUUCACUUACUCCUGAAGUAGCUGCAAAACUCCAACAGGCGGAGGCUCAGAAAACUAUGAAGUAUUCUUACAUAGACAAGUUAACGGAAAGUGAAGUUCCGAAAGAUCCACUUAUUUCGCCUAUGUAUGCCUCCUCUGAAAUAUUAAGACAGUUGCCUCCAAUGCGUUUCUUGGCCUGUCAUCUGGAUCCGCUUUUGGAUGACACUAUCAGUUUUGCGGUAAGAGCUCGGGCCUGUGGCUCAACAAUAUCAAGCAUUGAUCUGGUAGAUAGUUUACCCCAUGGGUUCUUGAAUUUUUCGUUGAUUUCGCCAGAAUGUCGUGAAGGAUCUAAACUUUGCUUAAGAAGAAUUAAAGAGCAAUUUGGGAUGACAGACAUGACUCUUUUUUAA